CUUCAAGUCCCAUAAAACUCCAUUGCUAAAACAUGAAAGUUAUAGCUCCUUCCCAUCUAAAACUGAUGUUCGGGUCUAGCCAGCCGACGUCACGCUCCUAUCCAUGUGUACAAAAUGCUCAGAGAUCUGACUCGUGCGGAACUAGUCGCUCCGAAUGGCGGAGCACAUUUGCUACUCUAACAAGCAAGGUUGUUACUCAAAAAACCUUACCAAUGCCUCAAGUUUCCGUCGGAAUCGAUCAUGUGAACGGUCAUAACCGCGCUGCACGUGUCCUGGGAAUGAAUCAGAAGCCUCUCAGUGUCAAUGAUCUCCCCCCGGCACCCAUGCACGGAGGAGCUAAUCUACGUGUUGCGUAUCAAGGCGCUCCAGGCGCUUACUCCGAGGCAGCCGCAUGUAAGGCUUACCCUAACUACGAGGCUGUCCCUUGCGACCAGUUUGAAGUUGCGUUUCAGGCGGUAGAGCUCUGGAUCGCCGACCGUGCGGUUCUACCAAUCGAGAACUCUCUCGGAGGUUCUAUCCACCGAAACUAUGAUCUUCUCCUUCGUCAUUGUCUCCACAUCGUCGGCGAAGUCCAGCUCCCCGUUCACCACUGUCUCUUAGCUCUUCCCGGAGUACGCAAAGAAUUCCUCACGUGCGUGAUGUCGCACCCUCAAGGCCUCGCUCAGUGCGAGCGCACGCUCACAAAGCUCGGUCUCAACGUCACCCGCAAGGCCGUCGACAACACCGCGAUAGCAGCCGAGCACAUUGCCGCCAACAAUCUACGUGACACGGCGGCGAUAGCGAGCGCACGCGCCGCCGAUAUUUACGGCCUGGAGAUUUUGGAAGACGGUUUACAAGACGACGCGAGUAACGUGACGCGCUUCGUGAUGCUGGCGCGUGAUCCUUUAGUACCGAGAACUGAUCGUCCGUUUAAAACGAGCAUCGUCUUCGCUCACGAGAAAGGCACUAGCGUGCUUUACAAGGUGCUCUCUGCUUUCGCGGCAAGGGACAUCAGCUUGACGAAGAUCGAGUCCAGGCCGAAUCACAACCGUCCGAUCAGGCUCGUCGACGAUGCCAACGUAGGGACGGCGAAGCAUUUCGAGUACAUGUUCUAUAUCGACUUCGAGGCGUCGAUGGCGGAGGCGCGUGUUCAGAACGCUCUCUCGGAGGUUCGGAAGUUCACGUCGUUCUUGCGGGUGCUGGGGAGUUAUCCCAUGGAUAUGACUCCUUGGUCACCAUCAUCCUCAACAUCCCACAAGGCUUCGUCUAAAAUGAACCAUUCAUAUGGAAACGUAAACAUGGCGAAACCAUAAUAUAUAUAGUAUGUUACAAUCUUGCAUUUCCAAUAAAAUAAAAAUAAUUGCUGGAUAAUAAAGCAUUGUAAACUAUAAACAAGACCUCCAGUUUUCCAUUUUCUCUUCGUGUGAUAAGCAGUGCCGUGCUGAACCUUGUC